CAUUAACUCCGGCGGCCGUUUUGGCUCCACGGUGGCAGGUUUCGCUCGCAGUGAGUUGGGCGGCUCAUGCAGACAAACAUCAGCUGAGUCCCGUCCAUUCUGGCAUGAUUAAAACUCACACAUUUACCGCAGCUAGAGAGUGAACGUGUCCGGUAAGCCAUGUGGAUUACCCCGGAGGAGGUGUUACUGGCCAACGCGCUGUGGGUGAGCGAGCGGGCGAAUCCGUAUUUCAUCCUGCAGAGGAGGAAGGGACACGGACGCGGAGGAGGCAUCACGGGUUUGCUGGUGGGUACACUGGAUGUUGUGUUGGACUCGAGUGCUCGUGUGGCUCCGUACAGGAUUCUACACCAGACGGGAGAGUCUCAGAUCUUCUGGAACAUCGCUUGUGGCUCGUCUCGGAAGGAGAUCACUGAACACUGGGAGUGGCUUGAGACAAAUCUACUCCAGACUCUGUCCAUCUUUGACAACGAUGAUGACAUCACCACCUUCGUCAAGGGCAAAAUACAGGGCAUCAUCGCUGAAGAGAAUAAAAGCGGCAAACCUCAGGAAGACGAGGAUCCUGGGAAGUUCCGUGAAGCCGAGCUGAAGAUGCGGAAGUUGUUCGGCAUGCCGGAGGAAGAGAAGCUGGUCAACUAUUACCCCUGCAGCUACUGGAAGGGAAGAGUCCCGCGGCAGGGCUGGAUCUACCUGUCCGUCAACCACCUUUGCUUCUACUCUUUCUUGCUGGGAAAAGAGGUUUCACUGGUGGUGCAGUGGACGGAGGUCACGCAGUUAGACAAGAACGCCACGCUGGUUUUCCCGGAGAGCAUCCGCGUGAGCACUCGUGACACAGAGCACUUCUUCUCCAUGUUCCUCAACAUCAACGAGACCUUCAAACUGAUGGAGCAGCUGGCCAACAUCGCCAUGAGACAGCUGCUGGACAACGAGAGCUUCGCCGCCGAUCGCUUCCUCCCCAAACCCGGCAAGACCCUGAAAAACGUUUCCGCACUCAAGAGGGACUUGGAUGCGCGUGCAAAGAACGAGCGGUACAGGGCGCUUUUCCGGCUCACGCAGGACGAGCGUUUGGACGGACACACCGACUGUACGCUCUGGACGCCGUUCACUAAGAUGCAUGUCGUCGGUCAAAUGUUUGUUUCUAACAACUACAUCUGCUUUGCCAGUCGAGAGGAAGAUCUGUGUCAGCUUAUCAUUCCACUGAGAGAGGUGACCAUAGUGGAAAAAGCAGACAGCAGCAGUGUUUUGCCCAGUCCACUGUCGAUCAGCACUAAAAACAAGAUGACCUUCCUGUUUGCCAACCUCAAAGACCGUGACUUCCUGGUACAGCGAAUUUCUGACUUCCUGCAGCGCACGCCUGACAGGCCGUGUGGCCUAAACGCUCAAUCUGAGAAUCCCAGCCCGAGUACGCCGCCGUCUCUGCCCCCGUCCCCUUCUGUGCUGGGGCUUGGAGAGAUGCCCCAAAACCAACACUACAGCCCCAGUCUGCCCACUGCCAAGCAGGGCCUACUGCAAAUCUAUCAGCAGGACGUCCCGGAGGAGCUGGGGCCCAAAGUGACGAGAGAGAAGAUGAAAGAGGAAUCAUGGAACAUCCAUUUCUUUGAGUAUGGACGUGGAGUGUGUAUGUACCGCACGUCAAAGACGAGAGAGCUGGUUCUGAACGGGAUACCUGAGAGUUUGAGAGGAGAGCUGUGGCUGCUGUUCUCAGGUGCUCAGAACGAGAUGGCCACACACCCGGGUUACUACGGCAGUUUGGUUGAGCAGGCGAUGGGUAAAUGUACUCUAGCGACAGAGGAGAUCGAGAGAGACCUCCACCGUUCCAUGCCUGAGCAUCACGCCUUUCAGAAUGAGAUGGGCAUCGCUGCGCUGAGACGAGUCCUGACGGCCUACGCUUACAGGAACCCCGGCAUUGGAUACUGUCAGGCGAUGAACAUUGUUACGUCUGUGUUGUUGUUGUAUUGUACUGAAGAGGAGGCGUUCUGGCUGCUUGUGGCUCUGUGUGAACGGAUGCUGCCCGACUAUUACAACACUAGAGUUGUAGGAGCGCUGGUGGAUCAGGGAGUGUUCGAGGAGCUCACCCGCGAGUGUUUGCCGCUGUUGUACGAGCGCAUGCAGGAGUUGGGCGUCAUCUCUACUAUCUCUCUGUCCUGGUUUCUCACUCUCUUCCUGUCCGUCAUGCCUUUCGACAGCGCGGUGCUGCUGGUCGACUGCUUCUUCUACGAGGGCAUUAAAGUCAUUUUCCAGGUGUCAUUAGCUGUGCUACAUGCAAACAUGGAUCAGCUGCUGUCCUGUUCAGAUGAGGGAGAGGCCAUGACCAUUCUGGGCCGAUAUUUGGAUAAUGUUGUGAAUAAGCAGACAGUUUCUCCACCCAUUCCCCACCUUCAUGCUCUGUUGACCAGUGGCAACAACCCUCCACCUGAGAUUGACGCCUUUGAGCUCAUUAAAGCGUCCUAUGAGAAGUUUGGUAGUCUUCGUGCUGACGUCAUUGAACAGAUGAGGUUCAAACAAAGGUUAAAGGUCAUACAGUCACUAGAAGACACAGCUAAGAGGAGUGUGGUGAGAGCUAUCAUGACAGAUUCUGCUUUCACUAUUGAGGAGUUGGAAGAACUCUAUGUUCUGUUUAAGGCGAAACACAUCAUGAGUUGUUACUGGGGUGCGAGCAGCACGGCGGCGGAACGUCACGACCCCAGCCUGCCGUAUCUGGAGCAGUACCGCAUCGACUGCGGGCAGUUCGUUCAGCUCUUUUCCGCUCUGGCACCCUGGAGCUGCGGCCUUCACACCAACACGCUUUCUAGCCGACUCUUCCGCCUGCUCGACCAAAACAAAGACACACUCAUCAACUUUAAAGAGUUUGUCACCGGACUCAGUGGAAUGUAUCAUGGCGAUAUGACGGAAAAACUCAAACUUCUCUACAAACUCCACCUGCCUCCAGCGUUGUGUCCAGAGGAAGCAGAGUCAGCGCUGGAGGCCACGCAGUUCUUCACUGACGACGACACGCCACAGGAUCCUCCCUUCCUGUCUCAUCUGGACUUCCUGGCACAGGAAGUGACCUCAGGAGAGGAGCUGAAAGAGGCAGGAGAAGCAUCAGCGGCCGGAGACACCGAUGACAGAAAAGAGGAGAAGCCAAAGGACUAUAAGUACUAUCUGAGAAUGUGGGCCAAAGAAAAAGAGCCAAAGAAAGAGAGUAUCAAAGAUCUGCCCCGGAUGAAUCAGGAGCAGUUCAUUGAGAUGUGUAAGACUCUCUACAACAUGUUCAGCGAAGAUCCCAUGGAGCAGGAGCUGUAUCACGGCAUCGCCACGGUGGCGAGUCUCCUGCUGCGCAUCGGAGAAGUGGGCAAGAAAUUCACCAACAACGGCGGAAGGAAAGCCGAGGCCCAGCUGCCCUCCACCAUCGACGCUCUGCAGCCAGAGAGGGAGGACUCGUCCGGGGAGGGAGGAUCAGGACAGUCCCUGGUCUCCAAGGCCCUGGCGGAGGCGCAGCUAGAGACGCCACCUCCCACGGCGGCCGGCUCCGACGAAGACGCCAAAGACGACACGUCCGUUUCGUCCUACUCCGUGGUGAGCGCCGGUUCGCUGCAGUGCGAGGACAUCGCCGACGACACCGUGCUGAUCGGCUGCAUGAGCGGAGAGGGCGGCGACGGGGUGGAUCGGAGGCGGGGCAGCGCACCGGAUGCCGAUUGGUCGAUCACAUUCGAGCAGGUUUUAGCGUCGUUCCUGACGGAAACAUCGCUGGUUGACUACUUCGAGAAGAAACACGACAUCCAGAGCAAAAUAGCGGCGUGCAAAUUGCUGAGAGCGGUGGAAAGACAGACCAGUUCGUCAAGCGAUCAUGAUUUCUCUUCUCUGACCACACAAUGAUUACACUCAUACAGACAUGCAUGAACACACAAACACACGCAUACAGAUGCAAAACAAGCAUAUGUGUAUGUAUGUCCGGAUGCUGUCUCUAUAGGAGUUUGAUACUUCUGCGUCAUAGUCUACAAAUGAUGUUUAAAAGAGGUUUUAGAUGACCACGUUCCAUCCUAGUGUCCCGUUUUGCUGGGUUUCAUCAUUUGAACGCGUGAACUUGCAGGUCUGGAAUGGAGGAUUAUGGGAUAUGGCCCAUACAAAUCUAAAUAUAUCUAUAGGAACUGUGUAUAUUAUACUGCUUCGGCUCAUUAUACAGAUUAACGAAUGAAACGGCACACUAAAUAUUUGAUUUGCACACUCGUCUUGAGUCCCAGGUAGGAAUGAGAGCGAUUAUCUCACACUAAAAGUGUACAUCACUAAUGCUUUCUUGCACGUGUGCUAUAGCAGGAUAUAUAUCGAUGUGUUUGGCGGUAAGAAGUGUCCUUUAGGUGAUGAAGCGUCUGCCUCAUAAAGCUCUGCUUUAAUUCUUCAGAUUCACUUUAACACCUCGGAUGGAAACAGUUGUUCACUCUGCACUCAGCUUUGGUUCAAAGCCGUGUUUCUGUGUGUUAAAAGUCAGAUUUAGUGUUUCUAAGUAGGUCAUUGCCUUGCUUAAAAGACUCUUACCGUUGGUUGAGGACAGCAUUGCACAUGUUUGUUGUGGUGUUGAGAGGAUGUCGUCAUUGUUCAGAUGUUUAUUUGCCAGAAGCUACACAAACAUUACAGCGCUGACUCGUCCAAACCGUAAUGAUAGGUACAGUAAAAAAAUGUAGCAGAUUAAUUUAGCACUAUAAUGGCCUUUACCACGUAAAGCAAGACUUGUUUCUUGUUUAUUCGCCACAAUACUUUCUGCUGUCAGGCCAAAGCAAGUACAAUCAUUGGGCUUCAUUCAUGAAAAUCAAGCAGAGUGCAUUUGUGUAAAUCACUCGUAAUUUGUAUGCUAAUUGUAACACUGAAAUAAAAAAAAACCUUAGUAAAUUGGAAUGCACAAAAACAUUUAUGCAAGCAUAUCGGAGUAAACUGUUGCAUAAAGUUAAAUGAAAUUUGUAAAACAGUAAAUUGAUGUAAAUUGAUGCACUAAAUUAAAAUCAUGUAAAUUGUAUUAAAUCAUUUUACAAGUGAUUUUAAGGCAUCCCGUGUUGAAUUAAAAGAAAACAUUCAGUAUGCUUUACAUGCUAUUCAUAUUAAAUUGUAUUAAAAUAAAUUGAUACAUUGAAUUUAAAUAAAAAAAUAAGUUGCCAGAUUUUGUUCCUCCAUAAAAAUUCUGUACAAUCGUUCGUUGAACAUUCCGUAAAAUCUUUAAAAUGGUUUACGAUUGAUUUACAGAAAUUAGUUUAGCUUGUGUUUAAUAAAUAAAGCCCUGUUACGUUUAUUUUGGAAAAUGCAGUAAAAGUUGCGAACUAUAUUUUCAUUUCUUGUUCGCUAUGCUUCCUUUUAAUCAAAUGAAGAACUCAGUGACCUUUGGCCUGGAGAUUUCUAGAACUCUCAGCCAUAACAUUGUAUUCUAGAACUAGGUUCAUGAUUAAAAAGAACUUGGAUUGAGAUGAAUCUAGAACCUGUUGUUUAAAGACAGACUUGUCCUUUUCAUCCUGAUCUCAAAUCACAUGACUGAAAGAAUCUGGAAGCUUGCAUUUAAUCAGAUGUAAUCGAGCUUCUCAACCUGUAAAUAGUCACAUAUCACGUUCUAAUAUCAGAAGUUUUAACGUCAAAUCGUUUGCAGUGAUCGUUCUUGUUUGUUUUCAGUCAUGUAUCGCUUUGCUUUUGUUUGUCCCGUUUCUAUUCUAUAUUUGUGGUUUUUAACAAUUGCUUUUGUACUUAGUGAAUUAGCUUUAAAUUAAGCCUGUUCAGCUCCAUAAUGAACAAAUCCUGAAAGGCUUCAGUAUUAAUUUUGUUUAAAGAGCUUUAAAAUAUAAACCUGUCCGAAUUCUGAAAACGAGAUUCGAACCAAUAGAAAUGAGAGAUUUUAAAUCAAUGAUGAGGCAUUAAAGUAUAUCAAAUGUUUUUAAAAUUGGAUAAUAGCUGCAGAUGUAGGUGGUACGGCCCAUUUCCACACUUCCGUUAUGAAACGCACUUUUGUCAUUUACGGUAAAUCUGAAUGUGAAUGAAUCUCCCGUGACCUCUGUCUAACUGUGAAAAUAACUCUGGCUUCACUUCACUGUGUUUCUGAUUAACUAUGUUAAUUAAUGCAUAAACUAACACUGUUUCCAUUUUCAUCAUUCAUUUCGCAAAAGGAGUGAAUUCUUGUUCUCUUGGUGGAGAGUUUCUCCUUCUAUAAGCUUCUGUCUGUGACCUGCAGUUGUUAUUAUCUGAUGUCCACUCAUUUAAAAGUUGUUUCAAAACUUAUUGUCAUUAAACCAGUAUUGUGUAAUAUUAUGUAAUAAAAAUCAAGUUAUGGAAA